UUUUGAUUGGACCGUGAUUUAAUUCUUUCUUCCUUUUGAUUUGGUCUUCGACUCUCUCUCUCUCUCUUCUCGAAAGUCCUAAAACCACCAUAAACACCGGCAACCACACCACCACGACCACCUAUCCUGAAAACCCCCGAUUUCCCCAAAAUCCAAAACCCUAAAAUUGGAUCAGAAGCAUCCAUCCGCCUCUUCUACUCUUUGCAAUUUUAGACGAGUCCAUCCUCCCUCUUCAAGUUCGAACUCAAAUUUAAGGAAGGGUUUAUUUUGUUGGAGAAGGAGUUCACCAUUGAAUUGGGGGAUGUUGGUUGCUUUUGCUGAAUCUGCAGGUUGCCAAAAGAGAAUUGGAUUGUUCUGCUGUUUCUAACAUGCAACACUGAGGUAUCUGGUCUGUUCACCAAAAAAGUAUUUAGCCAAUCACGUAUUUCUGUUGGCCUGGUUGAAGUGAGAUUCAAGGAGCUGGGAAGUGGUUUGAGCUUCAAUUUCAAGCUUUGGCUGCAGUUUCAAAGUAUCAGAAUGGUUUGACAUUGUGGGACAUUGUCAAAAGUUAAAUUGGUAGCUGGUGUGAGUAUCUGUGAGUUUCUUCAAAAUGGAUAACUCUGCAAACAUGCAUAAUGAUCAUUUGGGUGUGAACAAAAUGGGGAAAAAUAUAAGGAAGAGUCCCUUGCACCAACCCAAAUUUGGUAAUAAUGACGCAAGGCAACAACCUCAGCCUCAGGUAUACAACAUAAGCAAGAAUGAUUUCAGGAACAUAGUUCAGAAGCUUACUGGUUCUCCAUCACAGGAACCUUUGCCUAGACCUCCCCAGAAUCCGCCAAAGCCCCAAAGUAUGCGGUUGCAGAGAAUUCGACCUCCCCCGUUAACGCCUAUCAACAAUAGACCCUUAAACCCACCUCCAGCUCCUCUUCCUGCAGGCCAACCACUGGUUCCCUACAAUAAUAACUUUGUUAGGCCUCCUCAGGUUGGACAUCCAUCACCUACACCAAUGCCGCCAUUUCCACCUGGAGAUUCAAUGUGGCAAAAUACAGCUGAGUCUCCAAUCUCAGCAUAUAUGCGGUACCUUCAAAGUUCUAUGUUAGAUCCAACUCCAAGGGGAAACCAACCUCAGCCUCAACCACAAGUUUCAGAUCAGAUGCAGUCUCAGCCACCAUCAACCGGUUUACUUCCUAACCCAUCCAUAUCUGCUCACCCACCCCCGAGAAUGAACGGCCCUGGGCCACAUGCAACUAAUCUACAGCACCCACAGAUGAUGGGUCCUCCCCUCUUACCCUCACCAACUUCACAGUUUUUGUUGCCAUCCCCAACGGGUUACAUGAACUUGUUGUCACCACGGUCACCUUAUCCAUUGCUUUCACCUGGGAUACAGUUUCCUCCACCAUGGACCCCCAAUUUUCAGUUUUCUCCCAUGGGCCAAUCAGGGCUAUUAGGUCCAGGGCCUCAACCCCCACCUUCUCCCGGCAUUUUGUUUCCAAUAUCUCCUUCGGGGUUUUUCCCCAUUUCAAGUCCAAGAUGGAGGGGUCAUUAAGAGUUGGCACAACACUGUUAAGCAUGUGAGUUCCAUACUUUCCCCUGAGCUAUUUCUUUAUGUGGACUGAUCGACUACUUCUAGGAGCUUCUUCUGUGAAAAAUAUAUUGUAUACUGGUAGUUUAAGUGGGCUCUUUAGGCUACCUGUAGUGUUUAUUUCUCGCUUCUGUAUUUUUUUCAUUGACACCGUCUCUGCAAGCUUUUCGAAUCUUGAAUCUGUAUCAUCUGAUGUCUUUUCUUGUAAUUUUGUAAUAUUUUGAUUAAAUUGUAGUCUGUUGUUAAUUCCUCCUCAGUUAACCGGCAUGUGGAAGGAAUUUCGGUUUAGCGAUUAUAGUUUUGUUGUACCUUGAUACGCUCAAUGAAUAAUUAUCUUGCUUGAUCAGCUCAUAA